UCCUCAUCCUUAUUAAGAACAGGGAAGGAACAGCAACGUUAGAUAAACUUUAUUUAGUUUUUACUGCAGUUAAAUUGUUUUAGUUAUGUCUGAGAAAUUAGCUCAAGUUUUUCUUAUCGUUUUUACAUCUAUGUUUAUUUUCACGUUGACUGUAUGCAAGGCAGCACCAAUGGGAGACUACAUACAAGACACAGAAGAAUUGACGAAUUCGGCUUCAGCGAAUUUGAUGUUAUCACCCCAAUACAGAGAAGCAAUUUUACGUAAUUUGAUGUCGGAUCAAGUAAACCAAUCGACAGAGAAUGACAGUGUCCCAUACAGUAGCGAAAAUCUGAAGAGAUCCAGUUUUAGAAGAAUGAUGUCGGCAGCUAAAAGAAUGGCAUUGGCUAGAUCUAGCAGGGGUGGUGUAGCUCUUUGCUUAUGGAAAGUUUGCCCAGCUGGUCCAUGGUUGUCACGACAAUAAGACAAAACAGAAAAUAUCAUCAUUUUAAUUACGCCCAUAACAGUCUGAGAUUAAAAUAAAAUGUAGUAUGGGAUUUAAAAAGCAAUAAAUCAAAUUUGACAUUUUGAAAGAAUCAAAUUAUAAAUUCUCACGCUAUCAAACAUGGAAGCCUCCCAUUGCAAUAUUUUGUUUACAUGUAUAUAUAGAAUUAUGCCUUAUGAUCUACGAGAUCUCGUUAACAUACUGGUAUCUUAAUUUCCCAAUGGGAUGAGUAUGUUUACUAUUUGUUAAGACGAAGCUUGGGAAAAGUUUAAUUUUAAGAUGAUAUCUCUCUGUGAUAGUCUAUAGGGUAUGACAACAUGAUUUUGCUAAAUAAAUUAAGUUUACUAAGUUA